GGGGCAAGCUAGCGGCAGUCGAUCCUCCGAUCCGACAGGCACGAACGUGUCGACUUUAGUUAUUAAAACGUUUAAUUUUAUAAAUAUUUACAAAAUAUCCAUCAAAACUUGCAUUGCAUCACACACAUCGUACAAAGUGAAAUCUGUGACUGAAACGAAAACUUUUCAAGCGUGUCCGGGCCUGGGUUGAAAAUACGAAUCUCGAAUCGGCCACUAACGAGCAGCCAUUUGACUUUCGAGUUUCGGGUACGAAUUCGUGUAUCAACCGAAUGUGAUGUUAAUUCCAGAUUUUCACUUACGGAAACGGCUUACGUAGACGACUAGCGGUAAAACGCCGCCCGCGCCGCACGCGAGUUAAGUAACCGUCAGGUUUCUAAAGUGCUUUCGGAGUCGUGAAUUUUCGUUUGUUCGGGACUCGAAACUAUCCCGUUAGUGACAUUAGUAUGCGAGUGAGCUGUUAACUCGUCUUAUAAUUGGACAGUGUGGUUGAGAGUGCAGUGAGACAGUACAUGGCGCUAUGAUUAGCGGAGGUUGGGUAUGCGCGUUGCAUGUCCGGACCGCGGGUCUUGGGGGCGCCGCGCUCGGCUCCGACGAGGAAGAGAUCGUGUACCUCGCCUAUGUCGUCAUAGACGUCCUUACUAACCAGGUGAUAGGAGAACGUGAAUACGCAGUGCGACCGACGAGGCGGCCAUCAGAAGAACUACAAACAGGUCAGCCCUUGGACAUUGUGGUGCAACAAUUCGACGAGUUCGUGCGUUCGCUACAAGUGGACCCUCACUCCCCGCUCUUCAGGCUCGUCACAGACGGACAGCCGCCGCUCAGACAAUGUCUCCAUCCAGAAGCAUGCAGCAAGGAGCUGACGCUACCAACGUACUACGCCCGUUUCCACGACUUACGCAAGGAGUACGUGCGUGCGUACACACUGCGCGCGGUGACGCGUGCUCAACCCGCCCCUCCGCCGCCCGAACACCCGGCCUCUAUCGUCGACAUGGUUAACUAUUUAGGUAUAACACCGUAUACUGGUGAGAAUUUUUACGCGGCAGAAGUCAAAGACAUGGCUAGUAUUAUACAAAGGAUAAUCGCGGAUGGUUUCAGAUUAGAACUGCCUGAGACGAUCGACCUUGUUUUGGAGACUGGAAUUUGCUCAAAAGACGAUGAUAUUGACGGAAACUGUAUAGUACGAGCUAGAGGUCUUCCCUGGCAAUCAUCAGACCAGGACAUCGCUAAAUUCUUCCGAGGACUCAAUGUGGCCAAGGGUGGAGUAGCUCUGUGCCUCUCCCCUCAGGGUCGACGCAACGGUGAGGCGCUCGUCCGCUUCGUGUCGCAAGAACACAGGGACAUGGCGCUUAAACGGCAUAAGCACCACAUCGGGCCGCGGUACAUCGAGGUGUACCGUGCCAGCGGCGAGGACUUCUUGUCUGUGGCAGGUGGUGCCACUUGCGAGGCGGCCGCAUUUCUGUCACGUGGGGCGCAAGUUAUAGUGCGCAUGCGCGGCCUGCCCUACGAUGCGACUCCGCAACAAGUUCUGGAAUUCUUCUCAAUUGGUGAUGAUCCAGUCCAAGUGCUCGAUGGUGCUGAGGGGGUGUUGUUCGUGAGGCGAGCGGACGGCAGAGCGACGGGCGAUGCCUUUGUCCUUUUCGCAAAAGAGGAUGACUCGCCGAAGGCUCUCUCGCGACAUCGCAAGCUGAUAGGCGCGAGAUACAUAGAGCUAUUCCGAUCUACUACAGCGGAGGUCCAACAGGUACUUAAUCGGUCGCUGGAAACCCGGACCAGCCAGGCCAGCACGCCGUCCACAGCGAGCGCGCCCGCCGAGGGCCUGCUGCCCGUGGCGCUGGUCCCGCAACACGUCAUCACCUCCGGCACCGCCAAGGACUGUGUGCGACUGAGGGGACUGCCUUACGAAGCCCAAGUUGAACACAUACUGACAUUCUUGGACGAGUUCGCGAAGAACAUCGUGAUGCAAGGCGUGCACAUGGUGUACAAUUCACAAGGCCAUCCGAGUGGUGAAGCGUUUAUCCAAAUGGAUAGCGAAGCCAGCGCUUUCCUGUGCGCGCAGCAGAAGCACCAUCGGUAUAUGACCUUCGGCAAGAAGCAGCGGUACAUCGAGGUGUUCCAGUGCUCCGGCGACGACAUGAACUUGGUGCUGACCGGCGGCGUCACCCCCGCCACCUCCCCCAAGGUGCUCUCCCCCGGUCCAGUGACGUACUAUUACCCAGCGAUGGGGCCGACGUUACCGCCGCCCCUCGUCUACUGGGGCUACCCCACGCCGCCAGUGUCGCCGGCGCAUUAUUACCAUCCGCCGCAUCAUCCCCAAACUAUGAUACCGGAAGUAGUGUCAGUAGGUGGGGGAUCACCGCUCCCCAUCCCACCCCCAGCCGCUUGCCCCGAAUGGCCUAUUUUCAUGGUCAACUAGGUGAUAUUUUAAGAUCGUCGAAUUUAUAUAAUUCUUCGUGAUCUUUCAAAAUUAAGUCGUAUAACAAUGAUAUGACAAUAUCGCUCAAAUUUAGAUCAUAGACGCUUAGUUAUAUCCCAAUAGAUAUAAUAUAAUAUAUUUCUAAAAUAGUAGAAGUGAUAAGAUCUAUGCAAUACCGUAGUUUUCCUUACAAACCAAAGUGUUACAAAUUGCUUAUGUAAUAAAACGUCACAUAGAUAACGCAAAUAUAUUUCAAUUUUUAAUCUGCGUACAAAGAAUAUUUAAGGCAUCCACGUUAUACAUAAAUUAAGAAAUUUAUUUAAACAUUUUUAACUAAAUAUUACAUAUAGUCUAUAUAUUAUUUAUCAGAAAUAUAUCUUCGUAAAUGUAUAUUUUAUUCUAUUAUAACUUUUGUCUAUUAUAGUCUGGGGUCGUUGUUUUUUUUUUUCUUUUUACGAAAUUCGUCUUCUUGUGCACAUCUAUGGCACACCUUUUGAAUGAUAUAACUUUUGUUCCUGUUCAUUUACAAUAAAUUAAAAAAACAAUCAAGUUCAAUUUUUCAUAAAUAUUAAAAAAUAUAUGUUAGUCAAAAAUAAAUCGCAGCUUGCCAACGAAUUCAUGAAUAAUUGAUAUUAUUUCAGUCAAUGAACGGCUCAAGUAACGUGAUAUUAUGAUAUAUUUCUCAUGUUUAGGUAAAUCAACUAUCAAUGUUACUCGCACCCAAUGAGUAUUUCGUUUUAAGAUAUGAAGUUUUAACGUUACAUAAUAAUUGAUCGCCGCGUGUUUAUAAUGUUCAUUUUAAAUAUUUUAUUUAUUGUUGAUCAUUUGGAUAGUAAGGAAGGAUUUUAUUAAAUGAAAUAAAAUAAUAUAUUCUUAGUUUAAACUAUAAUAUUUAAUAGGUACACCUAUUAUGCAAAUAAUUUUCUAGUUAUAAACAUCAUUUGACGUAUGGCGCCAAUUAAAUUAAAACAUUAAAAAAAAAAAAAACAAUUGUUAAAUUAUUGUAUUUUUUUUAGUUUAUUAGUCAUCAUUAUAACGUUUCUCGAAAAACAGUGAUAUUAAGGUGCUGAUUCACGUUUUAGCAAAGAACCAAAUAUCUACUUGUAAUCAUUUAUAAAUUUAGUGUAAGACAACGCUCAAUUAGUUUAGAAAAUAGAAAUAAAAUUAAGACAAACAGAACUAUAUAUAAUGCCAUAAGGAUAAGUUGACGAAAUCUGACUGUUUAUACUUUUUUUUUUUAUUCGAAGUUUAAAAUCUUGUCGUGGUUCUAAAAAAGCAAUAAUAAUAAUAAUAAUUCGUCAAAAUAAGUAAACGCGUAAAACAAAUACAUGCAAAUGAUUUAACAGUGAUAGUAUUUAAAUUUUCUUCGUGAUUCUACAUCGACGUUUCAUGUUUAUUUUACUAGGUUUUUUUUUUUUAAAGCAAAUUAAGUAUUCGUAAAAAACGGUUAUAACAAUGUUAAUCAAAAUUAUAAAAUUCUAUGAUAUCGAGUCACCUUUAAACAAAUCUAUUAAUUUAGUACUGAAAUCAAAAUAAAUCACUUAUAAUAAAAUACAGAUCGUUUUAAAUGUUUGAAACAGUCACAAAAUCAUUAAUCUCAUUAAUUUAAACAAAAUAGUAUAAUUUAGUGAAAUACUUGAUGCCCUACAGCUAUAACAGGAUAAAUGUUAGUGUUAAAUUUAGUUUUUGUAUUUAGUUCAAGAAUCAGCAUAAUACUAAUGUUAGUUGAAUAAGGUUUAAAACAACAAAAUCAAAUGUCUUCCGAUUGUUUUAUAAAUAAUGUAUCUUUAAUUCGUCACUUGUGAUAAGAUGAAUUAGUAUAAUACUAUUAAUGUUAUAAUAAAUUACGUUAGAAUAUAGUUAAUAUAGAAAUAGAAAAAAAAAAUCAAUUGGAUAUCUUUUUUAAUUUGAUAUUGAAAAAAAAAACUAUUUUAAUGUCUCGCUAUUGCACGGAAAUCUAAAAUCAGAAAAAAAAUGAAUACGUCAUUUCGGCUAAAUAAAAAAAAAAUAUUUCAAUUCGUUUCCGUUUUAACAAAGAUUUUUAUUUAAAAAUAGUAUUUAGUUGUUGUGGCAAUAAAUUUAGUGCCUUGAAACCCUCGAAUCGAACUGGUAGCGCUGGAGUCAUAUUUAGACGGUAUAUUUAUGCAUCAAAUUGUCUAUGGGCUACAUCCUUGCCAUAAACAAGGCCUCUCCAAUGCCACUUUGAUUCGAGUACUAAGCCUGAUGGUCAGUUUUAGAAUAAUUACUAAUUCUCGUAAUGAACUAGGUUUUUCCUAAGUACAUAAAUAACAUCACGUCAUUAUUAUCUAAAUCGUAAGUUUUAGGAAAAUAUAAAGAAACCUAGUGAUUUUAUCCAUGACUUCGAAGCAAUCAUGACUAUAUUAAUUUAAGUAUUCUGUUAUUUAAAAAAAAAACAUUUUAAUGAAUAAUUAUCGUUAAAUCUUUGUUAAUUAUAUUCAAAAAUUAAAAAAAAAAGUUUCGUUUUAAUUCUAGGAGUAUUUAAAUAUUCUAUAUGUAAUAAUCAGGAAUCGAAUCUGAUUUUUAAUAUUUAAUAUAUUUACCUAAUAAAAUUAUAUCAUUAAAAUAUAAAAGUAUGUAAUUUUUUUUAUUUUUUUAUUAUAAAAAUAUAUUUAUUCUGUUAUCUGUACCGAAAUCACAGGAAUAAAAUGUCCAGUGAGUUCUUUGUUAAGUGAUUUUAUUAGCGAAAUAUAUAGAAUUGUUACCUAUGAUGUAUAUGUAUUCAUAUAUAAAAAAACAUUGUUGUAUGACGAAUAUAUAUAUUUUAGUGUGUAUGUCAUACCACACUCAAAUAAAAAAAUCAAUAAAAAAUCACUAUGAAUUGAUAACAAAAAAAAUUAAGGAUUUCUGGUUGUGCUGUGCACAUCAUUAUUUUACCAACGUCACUUUAGAAUUUUUUUAAUAUUUAGUCGUGUUAUUUGAUUGAUAUAAAUUGAGUGUGGUAGAGACUUUGACUUAUUGUUAGAUUAGUCAAAAUAGAUGUGCAAUGUUUAGAAUUAGAUUUGAUCUUUAAUACCAAAACAGUUUUGGUUUAUUAUCAUACAAAGUAGUGAAUUGUUUUAAUAAAUAAAUUAAUUAUA